GGCCAUAGAACCAAUAAAAAAAUUGUGAAUUCUGUAAAAUCAAACAUAAACAUAUCUAGUCCACGCCCCACAUGUACACAACACACUCCCCCUAUGCUUUAGUUUCUAAGCCACUUUUCAAUCACUCACUCUUCCAAAUCUCAUGGCUUCUUCAAUAACAAAAGGAUCAGCUUCAAGUUUCAGCUUCUCAGAACACUGGCUUUUGAUGGUAGCCACUGCUCUCAUUUGUGGAAUUGUUGGAUACAUAAUCUAUGAUGCAAUAAUGGCUACUGCAUCAGAGUUGUUGCAACGUUUGUUGGUAAUUUCUCCAUUGCUCUUAAUCAUCCUUGUUCACUGGCUCUCCACUGGUAGCCAGUUAAACUUUCCAAUUCCAGGAUCUGAACCAAGUGCCAUCCAUAGAGCUGGUGGUUCCCCUUGGGGUGUUGCCUUUGUCCUUAUGUUGCUUUUCUUUCUUAUUUCCUACCAACCUUCCCUGCAUGACCUUAUUUCUUAGCUGCUAUUACACUGACACUUCAUAUUAAAGAUGUAUCUAACACUGAACAUGUGUUAUGUGUUGGUGUUUGACACCCACACGUAGUAACAAUUAUUUCUAUUUUUAAAUGUUAUUGUCAUACAUUAUUACCGAUGUAUAUUGUGGGUUAUAUUUGUGUUUGUGCUUAAUAUAUAUAAUUAAGCCGAGAAAAUGAAUUGCAUGUCACUAGAGAUGAGAUGUAGGGGUUUUACUUUUUGGAGUUGCUUCUUGUAGUUCAUAAUGAAGCUGUUUCUAACAAACUUCAAAUGGUGUACAUGCAUGUAUAUCCUCUGUUGUAUAUAUGAAAUGAGAUCAUAAUUAGUUA